AAAAUGGAUAUUCCUGAAUUUUAUCGAAAUCGCGACGUAUUAAUUACAGGAGUUACUGGUUUUAUAGGAAAAGUUCUGUUGGAGAAAUUAUUAAGAUCGUGUGAUGUUGGAAAAGUUUAUGUCUUAGUAAGAACAAAGAAAGGGAUAAAACCAGAAGAGAGAAUAAAUGAAAUGUUUCAAGUCGAAAUUUUCAAGACACUAAAAUGUGAUAAACCAAAUAUCCUGAAUAAAGUACGUUGUAUCGAAGGAAAUAUUUUACAUGAACAUUUAGGAAUGUCCCAUUCUGACAUGAAUUUGCUGACUGAAAAUGUUUCAGUUGUGUUUCACAUUGCUGCAUCAGUAAAAUUCGAAGAUUCCUUUCGUAAUUCAUUUUGUAGUAACGUACAAGCAACAAAAAAUUUAGCCGAUGUUUGUCGACUCAUGAAAAAAUUAUUGGCUUUGAUUCAUGUAUCUACUGCAUACUGCAAUUGUGAGAGACAAGAAUUAGAUGAAAAGAUUUAUCCAAUAUCACAGAAUUAUGAGGAUUAUAUAAAUAUUUUAAAACUAAAUGACAAUUUCAUUGAAAAAAUUGUCCCCAAACUUCUCGAUGGUCGACCAAAUACUUAUUUAAUAACGAAAGCCAUAACAGAAAAUCUGUUAAAUAUUAAUUAUAGAGACUUACCAGUAAUUAUCAUUAGGCCUUCUAUUGUAAGUUCUAGUUGGAAGGAACCAAUGCCUGGAUGGAAUGAUAGUUUUAAUGGUGCUAAUGGUCUCGUUGCAGCAGCCAUGAAAGGAAUCUUGAGAUCAAUGUUAAUUCAUGGAGAAAAAGUAUGUGAUUUAAUUCCAGUAGAUAUUGUUGUGAAUUUAAUGAUAUCUAUUGGUUGGGAAAAGGCAAAGAAACCCCAUGACAGUUCUCAAGAAAUUCUAGUAUACAACUGUACUUCAGGAUCCUUAAAUCCAAUGACUUGGAUAAGGAGUUUGAACAUUAUGUAUAAAUACGUAUGGAAUUAUCCGUCGCAGAAAGUUUUCAUAUAUCCUGCUGGAGGAUUUAGAAGAAAUUAUUAUUGGAAUCGUUUGUGUGUCUUAUUGGAACAUAAUUUUCCUGCAGUUUUAGUGGAUGUUUUACUCGUCGCUAUGGGAAGAAGACCAAAGCUAAUUAACAUUUAUAACAAACUGCAUAAAGCAAUUAGUGUUUUGGAAUAUUUUUCGACACGUGAAUGGAAAUUUCAUUCGACUAAUAUGAUGAAACUAAAGGCAAAUAUGUCACCCGAUGAUAAAGAGAAAUUUAACAUCGAUAUCACAAACGUGAAUUGGGAAGAAUAUUUUAAAAAUUAUGUAGUGGGAACCAGAAGAUACCUCUUCAAAGAAGACGACUCUACCAUUCCCGAAGCCAGAAAAAGUCUUAAAAAAAAAUAUUUCAUCUCGUUAACCAUUCAAACUGGACUUUUUUUGGGACUCGCCCAUUAUUUUACUUCGAAUGUUUUGUUUAAUAAUCUGUUUUAA